CGACGAGUAAGUGGGAAGGAUAGGAAAAGUGCUUUGGUUGGUCCAUUUGAUCUCCGAUUAAGAAAGAACAGAGAAGAAGCUGAGACGGUGAAACCAACCGGUCUACGGUGGAAGUGCAUGAACAGUUGCUGUGUUCUUCAUUGAAUUUUAGGUGAUGCAUGUCGGUAACACGGAAGCUACUCAUUCGUCCUCUGCUCUUUUCUUUGGCAGCGUAAGUAAAUACAUGAUUCGUCCGGUGAUGAUUAGAUGAUGCGGUGGAGUUGGGUCUUGUUCUCAUCAGUGUUCUGAUGCUUCUCCACCAGUAAGAGGACAGUGUACCGAAGGAUACGUACUACAACUUGUUGUCACUUUGACCUUUGGAAAGGCUCCACAGAUGUCGGUGCGCAGACAUGCCAUGUUCUCUGUGCGCGUCGGCUUCUCCCCGGCCUCCCGCCCGUCGCAACUCUCAUAUUUGUUUUUCUCCGAUACGAAGACAAAUCUUGCAAGCUACACCACGUGGUGUAGCUUCGUCCCGAGCGAGCUCGUACAGCUAGUUGAAGGGGACACGAGCAGCAGGUCUGCGAGCGAAAGGGGCCCGACCCUCAUCAUCGUUUCGAGGUACCUCGAUCGUCAUUGUCAUUUCGUCGAACGCUCGGGAGGGAGGUGGCUACGCUACGAAACACCAGGUCACAACUACUGGUCCACGGCCUUUGCUUCUUCUUUACCUCCCUCUCUCUCUCUCUCUCUCCUGCUCCGAGGGGGAUCAACAACGUAUGCGGCUUGUUCUGUCUUCCUCGAGGACAGUCUCCAUGCUGUGGGCACUGCCACAUGAAUAGCCAAAUGAAAGGGGGUGGAAGAAAAGGAAGAAGAAAAUUGAUAGAUAAUCUUGUUUGGAAUGCUGAGCACUGAUAGGAUUUAUAGUUUUCUUCUACAAACAUCUGGCAGUGAGAGAGCAAUCAUGUUCUCCGGCUACCACCACCACCGCCACCGUCCACCACCGGAUGCCAUCAUUCCCCACCCCCCUCCCCACAAUCUUCCCUUGCAAGCAACAGCUCAUCUUCCACCUUCUUUUCCCUUCUUUCAUGUCUUUGCCGAGCUCUUCCUUCAUCUCCACCUGCAAUCUCCUCAAUCUCAGACUGCAAUCCAAAUGCUGCGUGGUGCUUAUCUCUCUCUGCUCCUCGCAUGGGGAGCCAUGUCCAUGACAGUCCAUUCCCAAGUGGAUAGCUGCAGCUCAAGCUUCCUUAGCUUCCUCCCUCUUCCCUUUAAUGCUUCCCAGCUCAACUGUAGGCCGGUAUGGAGAAACUUCAUCCUCAGGUACUCUCAGAACAGAGACAACACUUUGAGCAUCAUCCUCUCUGCUGUAUAUACUUCUGGCUGGGUCGGGAUCGGAUUCUCAAGCGACGGAAUGAUGACCGGCGCAAGCGCGAUGGUGGGUUGGAUCGAUAUAGGAGGCAGAGCAAACAUCAGGCAAUUCUAUUUACGUGGCCAGACUAGUUCGGAAGUGAUGGUAGAUGAGGGCCAGCUACUAGAAACCGGAGUGGCACCUGCAGUUAUUCUCUAUGGGAACAACAUCUACUUGGCCUUUCAGCUAAAUGUUUCAGCUCCUAUGGCUCAGCAGUUACUUCUAUUCGCCUUGUCAACUGCAACUCCAGUUGAGUUCUACCUUAUGGAACAUGACGACAAGGCUUCGGUUUCAUUCGACUUUUCAGUAGUUUACAUAGCAGGCACUGUAGCUGAACCUUCUUCCUACCCUAAUCAGCUGAAGAGGAAUCAUGGAGCACUGGGCAUACUUGGAUGGGGAGUGCUGCUACCUGUGGGAGCAGUUGUUGCGAGAUACUGUAGACUAUGGGAUCCAAUGUGGUAUUACCUUCAUGUCAUCAUUCAAUUUGUGGGGUUUCUUGCUGGGUUUGCCGGUGUUGUUGCUGGAAUUGCACUUCACCGUAGACUUCAUUCGGAUGUCGCUUUACACAGAGGCCUUGGCAUCUUUAUCCUUGUGCUAGGGAUUCUUCAGGUAACUGCAUUUUUCCUAAGACCUGGAAAAGGCUCCAAGAUCCGGAAGCAUUGGAACUGGUACCAUCACUGGGUUGGGAGUUUGGUCGUCUUCCUUGCUGCAAUCAACAUUGCUCUUGGAAUUCAAGUUGGAGAAGCUGGUAACUCUUGGAAAAUAGGUUAUGGAAUCAUCCUAGCCAUCAUCUCGAUAGCUGUUGCUCUUCUGGAAUCGAUGCGGUGGUGGUCAAGAUUGUCUGAGAAAACUGAGCCACCGGCAUUUUGAUCAUUGAUGGCCUCCAAAUUGCAGAGGUGAAAGUGAGACUUGGAGGCUUGUGAUGGUGGUACUCCCAUGUCCGAGAAGAAGUGAGUGGAUUUGUGUACUGCAACUGCUUCAACUCAGUUUGACAUCCUGCAAUUCUUAUGGAAAGUUCUAUAUGUCUUGACAAAUCUUAGCUUCUGUAUCAAAGUUAGUAAGAUGGAACAUGAGGCUAAGAUGUUUA